GUGGAGAGGGUGAUCACCAUCAUGCAGAACCCUCGGCAGUACAAGAUCCCAGAUUGGUUCCUCAACAGGCAGAAGGAUGUCAAGGAUGGCAAAUACAGCCAGGUGUUGGCCAACGGGUUGGACAAUAAGCUUCGGGAGGACCUGGAGAGAUUGAAGAAGAUCAGAGCUCAUCGUGGCCUGAGACACUUCUGGGGGCUCCGUGUCCGUGGGCAGCACACGAAGACGACAGGUCGGCGCGGGAGAACCGUCGGAGUAUCCAAGAAGAAAUGA